GGAUCGAAUAUCAGUCGUACAAGUAUUCUACUAUUUAUUCUCUGUUAUAGUCCGAAUAGUUUAGACAGAGUGACAAACGAAUAAAUUAUUAUAAAAUCCACGCAUUGGUUAAUGAAUCGCAAAACUCAAGUCUAUCCUAGCGCCAUCUGAUCAUGUGGUCCUAGCUACCACUAGAAAACUUUUUGUUUUCAUUUCCAUGGGUAGGUGAACGAAUGAGGUUUUAGGUUAAACCUUAAAAGUGUCAAGCGAGUAUAAAUGAUAAUAAAACUUUGCAAUAAUGAUUGUCAAUGAUAACGAAUCCGAGUCUAAUAACUGUGGGGGUGGACACAGUGCCUUCAAAGAGAUCGAUGAGAUCAAUCACCUCAUUCAACAGUUACAUUUACCAGACCUACCAGCCAGGAUAAUGGAGAAGAACCAGGACCGCUUUUGCUUUAUUUUGAAACAGUAUCAGGACCAACCUCAGCUUUUGGAUCCGUAUCUUGAAAGCUUCUUGAGUCCACUGAUAAAAUUCAUAAGGGAGAAGACUGAAUUUGACUACCUGAAGCAUUACGUGUUUAAGUACAUCUACAUCAUAAUGAGCGUCAAGACUUACAAGAAGAUUGCCAUACACUUGCCUCACGAGGUGACAGAUUUUAAUCCAGUAUUGGAGAUGUUGGAGAAUCAAGACAUCAAUGACAAGGAUAACUGGCAGACUCGUUAUGUACUUUUGGUAUGGCUGUCUAUUAUAACUAAGAUUCCUUUUGCUAUGUCACGAUUAGAGACCGGAGUUUCAACAGGAGCCAAUUCGGAGCAAACGAUCACACAGAGAGUGAUAGAUAUUUGUAAGAAGUAUUGCUCCUCAAAAGAUGCCUGUUCUCCUGCAGCAAUAUUUUUGGUGGCAAAUUUUCUGACUAGAUUCGAUGUCAAAGAACGUUAUUUAGAUGAUAUGAUAAAAUGGUCUUUAAAUCAUUUUGAAACAGACCAUUGGAAUCAUAGGCCACUUGCAGUGAUAUCAUCUAUUAUCAAGCACAGCUGCAGGGAGGAUAUAGCGCCUUAUACACAAUUGAUACUUGACAAGAUCACAGAAAACAAGCUAAAUGAGAGCUCUGCUGAUCUUGUAAGGAAGUUUUCCAUGAAAAUUAUUCAACGCAUAGGUAUGAUUUUGCUUAAGGCAAAUGUUACUCCUUGGCGCUACAAAAAAGCAUCAAAAGUAAUUAUUCUGAAUGCAAACCCAACUGAUAGCAGUAGUAUAGAGCCUGUGGCGAUCGAUAAAGAAUUCACUGAAGCUGAGAAUGAGGAUCAUGAAAUUCCUCCUAUAAUGGAAGAUAUACUUGAACAUCUUAUCACAGGCUUGCAAGAUAAAUCCAUUAUUAUUAGGUGGUCUGCUGCUAAGGGAAUUGGAAGGAUAACAGCUAGAUUGCCUAUUGAUUUGGCAGAUGAUGUGCUUGGCUUUGUUCUCAACUUGUUCUCGUCCAGGGAAUCUGAAACUGCUUGGCAUGGAGGAUGUUUAGCAUUGGCUGAAUUAGGGAGAAGAGGUUUGCUUCUACCAUAUAGAUUGAAAGACUUUAUUCCCUUGGUGAUUCAAGCUCUGGUAUUUGAUGAACCAAGAGCUUAUGGACCAGUUGGCUCUAUAAUUAGAGAUGCUGCAUGCUUUGUCUGCUGGUCUUUUGCAAGAGCCUUUGAACCUCAUGUUUUUGAACCUUACGUUAAGGAAAUUGCUCCAGCUCUUCUCAUAGUUACUUGCUUUGAUAGAGAAAUAAAUUGUCGCAGAGCAGGCUCUGCUGCAUUCCAGGAAAAUGUUGGAAGACAAGGAAAUUUUCCUCAUGGUAUUGAUAUUAUUGCUGCAGCUGAUUACUUUGAAGUUGGAGUCAGAAGCAAUGCAUUCCUUAAAAUCAGUGUACAUGUUGCAAAAUAUGAAGGUUAUUUAAAGCCUUUGGUGGAUCAUCUUGUUAAGAGAAAGGUCACCCACUGGGAUGUGGCUAUAAGAGAAUUGGCAGCCAAAGCCUUGCACAAUUUGACAGAACUUGAUACAUCUUACAUGAUUGAAGAAGUGCUCCCAACACUAAUAGGUUUCAUUGAUUCAAUUGACUUGUUUGUUAGACAUGGUGCUAUUCUUGCUAUUGCUGAAAUUCUUGUUGCCCUGCACAAAACGCUUGGAAAAAGUAUAGAGGAAAUAGUUGACGCUAAUGACUUGGAUAAGAUUAAAAAUAUUGUGUCCACUUGUCGUAGUCGUGGACAACUUAGAGGAUUGGGUGGUGAAGUUAUUAAGCAAGCUUGUGUGACUUUAAUUAAGAAAUUUGCACUUGUGCAUUUCCAUGUUGAUAAUCAGACAAUAAUAAAUGACUGGCAGAAUUUGUUAGAAGAAUGUUUAAGUAAUGAGGUGUCAUCUGUCAGGAUUGUAUCUGCAGAGGCUCAUACCGCUUUUUUCACAGAAUACUACUUUACUUGGAAUCAAGAAAACAGACAUGCAAUUAUUAAUAGAUAUUUAGAUAAUCUUCAAUCCACUAGUCAGACAAACAGAAUUGGUUUUGCUCAAGCAAUUGGUCAUUUUCCAGAACCAGUAUUAAAAGAGAAAAAUGAGGACAUUUUUAAAAAGCUUAUGAAAUGUUGCUACAUUGCUAAAGAGACUACUUUGUGGGCAGAAAGCAGGAAAGAAGCUAUGAUUUCUUUAAGAAAAAUUUGUGAAACCUUAGGUCUUGAACAUACAGAGCAAUGGAAACUCUUUGUUGAUGAUCUCUAUGAAUGUCUUUUUAAUGGACUCGGUGAAUAUACCAAUGAUAGUCGUGGUGAUAUUGGUUCUUGGGUAAGAGAAGCUGCGAUAUCUGGGAUAUUAUCUUUGACAAAUUUGAUCUAUGAUGCUAAAUUUACAUCUAUGCUAAAUGAAAAUUUGAUGAAAAAUGUCAUUGGAGGAAUAUCUCAGCAAGCAGUUGAGCGCAUUGAUAGAACAAGAGCUAAGGCAGGAACUGCAUUUAAUUCUCUGAUACGUAGUGAUCUGCCUAAUAUUCCAUAUCACAAAGAACUAAGGACACUAUUUUGUAUAAAUGAUGACAGUGGAAAAUAUAUAGACUGGAAAUCAGAGAGUGAAACGUUUCCACUUUUUAUUCAAAUGUUAUCCUUUCCACCAUAUGUGCAAUACCUUCUGAAAGGCAUCAUAUUUAGUGUUGGAGGUUUGUCAGAAUCAUUGGUUAAACAUUCCAGUAUGUCAUUAUUCACCUAUCUUCAGCAACUUGAUAAAACAACAUUAAGCAGUCUGUGUCAAGAGAUCUGCAAUAUUUUCGAAGCAUGUCAUGGAGAUGAUAGAAUGAUUUCAGCAAGUCUGGCUUUCUUAGAUCGAUUAUUCAGCUCAGGUUGCAUACAAAAUAUCUUAGAUGAUCCUGAUAAUGAAAUACCACGACGUAUUUUAACUCUUCUGAAAAAAGAAACCAAGAGCAUUAAUGCAACGCAAUCACAGCUCAAUAGUGUAAAGCUCUUUUGUCACUUAUUGCAGGUUCGUGGUCCUGUGAGCAAAGGAGCUUUUUCCCAACUAAGCAUAUACUUGUGUCAUAAAUUCAAGUUUGUAAGGAAAGCUACUGCAUCACGAUUAUAUGAGUCUUUAACAUUAUAUGGGGAUGAUAUGGACAUGACUGAAGAAGAAUUGGCAGUGCUUUUGACACAAUUGAAUACAAUUGACUGGGAGAAACCUGUAGAAGAGUUGCGUCCAAUUAGAAAUCAGUUAUGUGAGAUUAUGAAAUGUCCAGCACCAAUGUUAAGGCAAAAACCUAAAUAAGGAAUCGGCUUUCACAAACUGAACAACUUAAGAAUCAUUACUAUUUUAACGUUUUUAUUAAUUUAACAAUUAAUACAUUGAUUGAUUGUAAUCCAAUAAAGCAUUGCACAACAUUAUCAUUACCUCUAAAUUAAUUAAAAUAUCAUAGUAUCAAUAUACUCCUGGACUGCUUGGUGAACAAAGUGUAAGCAUAGUGAAGCUCUAGAUAAUUUUUUUUUAUGUUUAGUGUUAUUCAUUACGGCAUUUAUUAAAAAGAAAAUAGUAAGUAAGAUUUACUAACAAUGACAAGAGCAAAAAAGAAGAGAGAUGGCAAAAUUAUCUUUCUUUAAAAAAAAUUGAAACUAAGUGAUAUCUAUCUGUAUAGAAUUGUAUAAUAUUUUUUAUAACGCUUUUGAAAAUAUAUUGUUUUAGCGUGAAAAUUUAUAUCUCUAAUAAAUUUAUAUAUCUAAAAUUUUUGUUUUUCUUUUUUACAAUAAAAAUAGUUAGUUUUAUAAACAUGUAAUCUGUUAUGUCUUUUUUUGAGAUUAUGUAACAAGUUAAACAUUUACAGAGAAAAAGGUUUGAUCACAAAAAGUGUAACUACUUACAGCUAUUGUGUGUAUCUAAAAUAAUUUACACAUUUUUUAACUAUCCAAAAUAAAAAAUCGUAUUUGUCCUUUUACAUACAACAUAAGAGAAUUAUAAAUUUUUAACUUUCCAAAAAGCUUGAUGUGAAUAAUGUAUGUUCCUAGGGGCCUUAAGAGCUGCAAAAA